UCCAGCUUUGUGCUGUCAGACAGCGGUGGAUAACGUUCGCGGGCAAGCUGAAAGGGAGAGAGAACCUUGCCACCGGCGCGGCGUCCAUCAGUGGUGCGUGUCGAGAGACGGACUCAGUCUCUCAACAACCAUACCGACAGUAGUUUCCUCGCGGUCGCGACCACACGACGAUCAAUCUUCCGCGGAUCCACUGAGCGCUCGGUUCCAAUCUCAAAUUCGACUCGAACACAUCCAACGAUCCACGUUCGAGUUCGUCAUUCCAUCCCCUAACGAGCCACCGCGAUUUUCGCCCUCGAGGACUGGAUACACGCUGGUGGUGGAUCGUACCGACCGGUUGGAUCGUCGCGUGGAUCGUUAACGAAGGAUCCCUCCAUCCCCAACCAUCAACGGAUUUUUCGUUUCAGAGAUUGGCCCGUUUGGGAAUAGUCGUGGACAAUGUCGGGAGUCAUGGAGUGGUACAAGGACGUGAUGUACAACAGAAAUGAUCCAAGGACCACCGAUUGGUUCUUGAUGUCGGGGCCCGGUCCGUUGUUCAUGAUCGUCGUCAGCUACAUCUACUUCAGCAUAUCCGCCGGGCCAAGGUACAUGAGGGACAAGAAACCGUACGAUCUGAGGAACGUAAUGAUCGUUUACAAUUUUAUACAAGUGCUGGCCAGCAUAUACAUCGUCUACGAGGGUCUGGUUGCCGGCUGGCUGAUGGACUACGACUUCAAAUGCCAACCAGUCGACUAUUCGAACAACCCCAAGGCUCUCAGGAUGAAUCGCGGCACGCACUUCUACUUCAUCUGCAAGUUGGUGGAGCUCCUGGACACGGUGUUCUUCGUACUACGGAAGAAGAAUGGUCAAAUCAGCGGUCUCCACGUCUACCACCACGCAUUAAUGCCGGUUUGCGGCUGGAUCGGUUGCAGAUUUUUACCAAACGGUCACGGGACUCUUCUGGGUGUCAUAAACGCGUUCAUCCACGUGAUCAUGUACACCUACUACAUGCUUUCCUCGAUGGGACCUCACAUGAGCAAGUACCUCUGGUGGAAGAAGCACCUGACGUCCCUGCAGCUGAUCCAGUUCAGCAUCAUCUUCUGCCACAGCGUCCAGGUGCUGUUCAACGGGUGCAACUAUCCAAAAGUGAUCGCCUGCCUCCUCUGUCUGAACUCUCUGGUCUUCAUCUACAUGUUCGGAUCGUUUUACGUGGAGUCUUACAUCAAACCUCGCAGACGAAACAGCAAGGCCGCUGGCGGCGACUGCUCCACCCAGAUCGUCAGCAACGGCAAGGUUAAGAACAAAUCGGAAUGAGACGGGAUCGAUCGACGAAAACGUCCUCCAAGGGCAUGGAGGCUCUCCUCCAUAGAGUGUUUUUUUUAUCGACCGUGGACCACCCUGGCAAGGGGAGGAACAUGUUCAUUAGCUGUUAAUGGUUGUGUAACGCAGAGAGACGCAUUUCGAAGAUCAGUUUCGAAAUAAUCGUUUUCAAAGGACAGGGUAGACUGGACCGUUUCAGAGGUCCGUUCGUGAUAGUAAAACGGACGCUUCGGGUUAUAAGAAACAUAUUUUGUACUUGUCGUCCAUCUUUUUUAAUCGGUUUGGAAGGAUGCGUGUAGCCAUCGUGUCUCGGGAGGGUAAAAUCUUCGACUUUCAGAGUGCAUAGAGUGAUUUAGAAUAGUUUGAGAGCGUUUAAUCGGAACAGAAUACAAAAAAAAAUACUGAAGAGGCGAAUGAAAGUAUAAAGAGAGGUAGAGUUAAAACGCUACGAAAUAAAAUCAUUGUGAGAUAAAAUAUAUAAGUGAACGUUACAAAAAUAAAAGUAUGAGAAUAUGUAUAUAUAUAAGUUAUUUAAACGUAAUAAAAAUCGAUUACGAAGGAUA